ACACACACACACACACACACACACACACACACACACACACACACCGCAUAUAGGCCUACGCACACAUACACAGACUCACCACUCCCCACACAUACACACACCAGCCAUGCCAUCCCCAUCAGACUCCAGCAGUGUAGUGUCUGCCUCUGGGUCUAGGGGCUGGUCAGAUAGCUGCCGGGGCAUGUCUGGCCGUCAGGGUGGGGCCAAACUGCUGCUGUACCUGGGGCUGUGCCACCUGGGCCUGGGGGCCAUGGUCCUGGCCUUCUCCUUCACCAGCAUGGCCUUCACAUCCUCAGCCCGCGUCCGACAGUCCUGCCCCUUCUGGGCCGGCUUCUUUGUUGUGGCAUCAGGGUUAGUUGGACUUAUCUCAUGGAGAAGACCACUCACUCUGGUGGUGUCCCUCUUCAUGCUGCUGUCUGCUGUGUGUGUCAUCCUUAGUCUGGCUGGAUCCAUGCUCUCCUGUCAGAACGCACAGAUGGUUAAGUCACUCCUCACCUGCCAGGUGGAGAAUGGGUUGUGUGUGUGUUGCGCCCCAACACACUCCUGCUCUAUAAACGAGGAGGAGACCCUGGUACUCUACCUAAACGCAGACUGCCACUCUGUCAGACAUCAGCUCAAGGACCUGUUGUUCAGUGCUUGUGGUCUGAGUAUUCUCUCUACCAUCAUCUGUACUCUCUACUGUCACCUGCAGUAUACACAUCUUCUCCCUGGAUCUAGUCUCGCCCCGCACCGCUCUCGCUCCGUCAACCCAGAAUGCACCACUCCUCAGGACGCCUUCCUGACCAACAUCAUGGACUUUGAGGAGUUUGUCCCGCCCAUCCCUCCGCCCCCCUACUACCCCCCUGAAUACACCUGCAGCUCUGAGACAGACGCACAGAGGUAA